AUGUCUACACCCACCGCCCCCACUCUUACGCGUGCUCAAGCGCUUUUCGUCUGCCUCUGUUCGGCAUAUCUCCGACAAGCUUUGCGUUCGGGAGAAGAGGAAGAGUUCAUGGAGCUAUUCUACCGGCUGUACUUCUCCCGAUGGCCCAUCCAACGGCAAGUGCAUCGAACGCGCGAGGCUGAGAUGAGUGCCAGAGAGGAAACUUCCCGAAAAUUAAACCUUCGUAUACACAUUUCCCUAGGGCUCUGGCCUCGUUUGACUGCGAAGAGUAACUGGAAAACCCUUGCGGCAUUGGAUUAUCUCGCCCCUGCUCCAGCAGUUGGGAUAUCCCCAGAGCCCCACUGGUCCCCGAAGACGCCGCCUACGCCGCGCUACCUCCACAUCAACUCCACCGUCAUCCCCUACCUGUUAGAUUCUACUUCGUAG